AUGAUGCAAGUCAUGUUAGCAGCAUUGUUUCUUUUUGCUAAUGUAAUGUGCAUUAAUGCUGGAACAAACUUUGAUGCAACGUGGACCAAAACUUGUCCUAAUGGUAUGUUAACAAACAUUUUGCUAUUGCAUAUUUACACUAGCUCGGUCCGAUUUAAAUUUAAAUUUCAUUGUAGACUAUGUUGAAUUUUUCGUCAUCAUCAUUCUUUAAGUAAAUGGUGCAUUUAGCCAGCAAACAUCAAAGAGCCCGUUCGCUGGCUAUGGUGCAUUUGGCCUUUCUGAUUUUCACCUACUUCCAAAAUUUUCUUUUGUUUAUAAACACAUUGAGCGCCAGUGCUCUCCCCUUCACGAGUAAAAUCGUCUGGCGUUAGAUAGAGUAAAAUGGCAAAAUAAUGUGCAUUAGAGCUAAUACCAUUUAAUACAUCAGUUUACUACACUUUCAAGAUAAUUCUGAGAAAUAGUAGGUUAGAUUAGUUUCCACAUUUUUCGAUAUUAUCCGCUGUAACAUGCAGAUUUUCAUGAUAUAGAUUUCAACAAUCAUUCGAAUUUGUUUCAAUAGAACAAAAAAUCAUUUUAAACAAGGCUUACAGAUUUCGUAAGAGUCUUAAAGUAUUUCUCUUAAUAUUCAGGGCGGCGAUAUCUCUUUCAAAUUGAGUUGCUUGCUGCAGCUCUUUGUUGAUUCCUUUCGAUCGUUUAUGAGUGUCACUUCUGACUUCAGUGUUCUGACCUCCAAUUAAGUUCAGACUUCCCACUACCAAACUCUUUUGCGAAAUCGGGCUAAAUUAUUGAGUUGUAAAUAACCAAAGACCGAAGCUGGGAGAACAAGAGAACAGGAAUCACCCGUCAUAUGGAGAAUUAUUAUUGCCAGAAGACCCAGAAGGAUCCAUGAAGCAGUAAAUAUACUGUAGCAUAGGUAACAAGAUGAGUUAUCAAUAAUUGAUGCUUAUUUUCUAAUCAAUCAUAUAGGUCAAUCUAUCUAUCAUGUGAGCAGUGUCCAUAGCAACCCUCAUGAAGAUCGUUCGUGGACUUUCUUAUGCCGACCUGACUCCAAAAUCACAACCACAUGUCAGUGGUCUGGAUUUGUGAAUUCCUACGACCAAAAAGUAGUAUACCAAUGUCCAAAUGGAGUUAUUACAGGUUAUAUGCUACAAUCAGUUUGUUAAGGCUAUCCUCGACAAACCUUUAAUUAAUUUUGAACGCUGCUAAAGGCUUUGUUUCAAUAACGAAUAUUAAAUAUAUGCUGAUAAGUGCCAAAAAUCAAUUGAUUAUGCCAAAUCUUAAGAUUUGGCAUGUCAUUAAUUCGUUUAAUGGCAUGCAACCAAUGUUAUUUUAAAUGAAUAAAUAAAUAUAACCGAACUAAAAAUCUAACACAAUGCUCCAUAUUCACAGUGACAGCAACAGUGACAUAAACAGCGCCACAUCUUGCAAUAGCGACAGAAACAGUAACAUCGAUUAUAACCACAACAGUAAGAGCAACAUUAGCAGCAAAAGUAGCAUUAACAGCAAUAGAAAAAUCAACACUAACAACGGUAAAACUAACCACUAUAUACCAACAACAGUAACAACUGGAAAAGUAGAAGAGUAAUUUAGUUGGAUCUAAUCCCACAACAUAUCUUCAAUUUAAUAUAUGUUCUCAGUAAAAUAAUUAGAAUUUAUUAUUUCCAAUAAAUUAGGUGUGCACUCUACUCACAGCAACGAAGCUGAAGACAGAAGAUUCAGCUUUAGAUGUUGUAACACCCAGAGUAAUUGCGCACGUGAUUGUGUUUGGUCUGGCUAUGUGAAUAACUUCGAUGGUUAUCUGAACUACGUCGUACCCAGUGGCUCUUUUCUCACUGGGGCACAAAGUUUUCAUGACAAUGGAAAUGAGUAAGUCCAACAAAUAUUCAACUACGUUUGUUUGUGUGAUUGUUUGUUUGUCUUUUUGUCUACUGAUCAACAGGAUAACUGAAAAAGUAUUAAAAAAAGGUAAACAGGAAAGUUUAGGCGGCAUAAAUCGCGGCCGAUCCGUCGGUCAAAAUUGUUAAUUAAAUAUGUUUGAAAAUUCGAUGAGAAAUGAAGGUCUCAACACGCAGGGUGUUUUGGCCUUGCAGACAGCGAGAUAUCAGUUUCGGAUUUGCCGUUGCAUUAUCUUCAAGUUAAGAUAAUUUGUCAACUGUUAGUUAUUAUAUCUUAUGUUAUCUCAACUGAUAGUUAUUAUAUGUUAUUACAUGUUGUGCUGUUUACACGAUUCAGUUGAAAUAACUUAUUAUGACGACAUGUCUCUUAUCAUCUUUCGCUAUAUUUUCUUAGGGAUAGACGAUGGGAAUUCCUCGCUUGUAAACGAGGUUGAUGAAGACAAGUUACUGAUGUUUUUCUAAUUUGACGAACUUUUAUGCCUAAUUACUUAACACUCU